AUGUUUUACCUGUAUAUCGUGGCUUCACAGUCAGCAGUUAGCUCGAUCUUGAUAAGAAAAGAGUCUGAUGUCAAGCACGCUAUAUUUUACGCGGGGAAGGGAUUCACACCGGCCGAGAGCAGGUACCCAGAUGUAGAGAAGUUGGCCUUGGCACUUAUUAUAACCACCCGAAAGCUCAAACACUAUUUCCAAGCACAUUCGAUAACCUUUUAUACUAACCACCCCCUGAGGCAAAUUAUGUUGAAGCCAGAAAUCAGCGGGAGGCUGGUAAAAUGGGCAAUAGAGCUGGGGGAAUUUGAUAUCCAUUACCGGCCGAGAGUGGCAAUCAAGGGCCAAGCAGCGGCUGACUUUAUAUCUGAGCUCACACCCAUGAAAGUUGUGGGAGAGUCCUCUGAGCCCACUCCCACGAAAGUUGUGGGAGUAUCCAACGAGGCCAACCGGGAGGAAAAUGGUCCCGGAGCGGAUAAGGAGAUGCACAGUGAGGAACCACUGGCUCAACUCUGGAAACUUUUUGUGGACAGCUCGGUGACGAGAAAUAAAAGCGGGACGGGAAUAAUAUUAGAAACUCCCGAUGGAUUCAAGCAUGAGUACGCCCUGGAAUUCCAAUUCAAGGCAUCCAACAAUGCGGCUGAGUACGAAGCUUUAAUCAGGGGAUUGCAACUUGCCCGAGGCAUCGGAGUGGAAAGAGUGAAAAUAUUUAGUGAUUCACAGUUGGUUGUAAAACAGUGUAAGGAGCCUCAGUUGCACUCUUACCAAACAUUAUCAAAAGCCUUCAUGCAACGUUUUAAAUCGGCCUCUCUCUCUCACAUCCCCCGGAAAGAAAACCGUCAUGCAGAUGCCCUCGCCCGGCUAGCCACCGGAGGGCUCGGGAAAGGCAGAAAGAAGGCAAGGAUUAAGGUGCUUGGAAAACCAAAUAUCAGUAAGACAAUCUCUGAGAUAUUCAUGAUCGAGGCGGGACCCGGAGAGCCAACGUGGAUGAACCCCAUAAUCGAGUUUAUGAAGGAGGGGGUGCGCCCGGAGGACAGGCGGCAGGCACGAAAGUUGCAAUUGAGAUGUGCUAGAUACACCCUCAUGAACGGGAAGUUAUACCGCAGAGGUUACAAUCUCCCAAACCUCAAGUGCGUGACAGAGGAAGAAGGAGAAGUGAUCAUGGGAGAAAUUCAUGAAGGGUGGGGUCUUGAUCUCAUCGGGAUACUGCCUACGGCUCUGGGCCAGUUCAAAUUCGGAAUCCCGGAGACAAUCGUCACGGACAAUGGUACACAAUUCAAUAAUAACCAUCUGAUUGAAUUCACGAAUGACAUGGGUACCAAGAUGGUCUUCUCGUCGGUGGCGCACCCGCAGACCAAUGGUCAGGUGGAGGCGGUUAACAAGAUCAUAAAAAAACUCCUGAAAAAGAAGUUAGACGACGCAAAGGGUCUGUGGGCACAAAAACUGCCGGAGGUAUUAUGGGCAAUCAAAACCACAACAACAGAAGCAACGGGAGAAACUCCUUUCAGCAUGGCCUUUGGCACGGAGGUUGUUUUGCCAAUCGAGACGUCAAUACCAUCAGGAAGGGUCAAAAAUUUCAACGCCACAACCAAUGAGGAGGGUCUCCAUUUGAACAUUGACCUCAUCGAGGAGAAGAGGAAGCGAGCAGACUUACACAACCAAGUCUACAAGCAGCGUGUUGCACGCCACUAUAAUAAUAAAGUCAGGACCCGGACGUUGGGACUGGGGGACUGGGUAAUGAAGAAAAUCAUGACCAAGCCGGCAGCCCUGGAUCCGAACUGGGAAGGGCCGUACGAGAUAGUUGAAGAGGUCGGUCCAGCAACCUUAUUUCUCCGGGAUCAGGAUGGGAUAGUCACCGGGCGCUCUUGGAAUACGAAGCACCUGAGAUUCUAUCCAGUGUGA